AUAUAAUGACCAUGUGUUUCCAGGGCUCACCUGGAGGCGAGUGCGGAGCGUUGGAGUCGUCUGCUGAGCCUGCUGGAGGAGCAGUGGAGGUGGAUCUGUCUGAAGGAUGAGGACCUGACCAAACAGAUGCCCAUAGGAGGAGAUGUCCCCACCCUGCUGCAGCAACACAACCACUGCACGGCCUUGCGGUCAGAGCUGAAGGACCGUGAGCAUGUUGUGGUCAGUACGCUGGAUCAGGCACGCAUGUACCUGGCUGACCAGCCCAUCGAGGGACCGGGAGAACCACGCAAGAACCUACAGCCCAAAACAGACCUGACUCCAGAGGAGAAGGCGCGGGGUGUGGCCAGGGCCAUCAGGAAGCAGACAGCGGAGGUGCAGGAGCGGUGGGAGCGUCUGCAGGGCCACGUGGGAGGAUGGCAGAGCCAGGUAGAGAGGGCCUUAGAGAGGCUACAGGAGUUCCAGAGCAACAUGGACCAGCUGGACCUGCGGCUAGCCAGGGCAGAGGAGACCAAGGCUGUCUGGCAGCCUGUAGGAGACCUGCUCAUAGACUCACUGCAGGACCACAUAGCAAAGACCACGGUUUUCAAGGAGGAGAUGUCCCCUCUGAGGCAGGACGUGUGUGAGGUGAACGAGCUGUCUGGUGAGCUGGCUCCUCUGGAUGUCCAGCUGUCCUCCAUCUCCUCCAGACAACUGGACAACCUCAACAUGCGCUGGAAACUACUACAGGUGGCCGUUGAGGAGAGACUGAAACUCCUUCAGGAAGCCCACAGAGACUUUGGCCCGUCCUCCCAGCACUUCCUCUCCACCUCUGUGCAGCUCCCGUGGCAGAGAGCCGUGUCUCAGAAUAAGGUUCCAUACUACAUCAACCACCAGACUCAGACUACCUGCUGGGACCAUCCAAAGAUGACAGAGCUCUACCAGUCUCUUGCUGACCUGAACAACGUGAGAUUUUCCGCUUACAGAACAGCCAUGAAGAUCCGUAGGCUACAGAAAGCACUGUGCUUGGAUCUGUUGGAUCUGAAUGUGGCCCAGAGCACCUUCGAGCAGCACAAGCUUACCCAGAAUGCCCAGCUGCUGACAGUGCCAGAAGUGAUUAACUGUCUGACGUCCAUCUAUGAUGGGCUGGAGCAGCAGCACAAGGACCUGGUCAAUGUUCCGCUGUGUGUCGAUAUGUGUCUCAACUGGCUGCUCAAUGUAUACAAUAGUGGACGCAGUGGGAAGAUCCGUGUCCUGUCCAUGAAGAUAGGAUUGCUCUCGCUCUCCAAGGGCCAUCUGGAGGAGAAAUACAAAUACCUGUUCAGUCAGGUGGCGUCGUCGGGGGAUACGUGUGACCAGAGACAGCUGGGUCUGCUGCUCCACGACGCCAUCCAGAUUCCACGGCAACUAGGAGAGGUCGCCGCCUUCGGAGGGAGCAACAUUGAACCCAGCGUCCGGAGCUGUUUCCAACACGUGACAAAUAAGGUGGAGCUGGAGCCCAGGCAGUUUGUUGAUUGGAUGAGGCUGGAGCCCCAGUCUAUGGUGUGGCUUCCUGUCCUACACAGAGUGGCGGCUGCUGAGACCGCCAAGCACCAGGCCAAGUGUAACAUCUGUAAAGAGUGCCCCAUUGUAGGGUUCAGGUAUCGCAGUCUGAAGCACUUUAAUUAUGACGUGUGUCAGAGCUGCUUCUUCUCUGGACGAACCGCCAAGGGCCACAAGCUCAACUACCCCAUGGUGGAGUACUGCACGCCGACUACUUCGGGUGAGGACAUGCGUGAUUUCACCAAGGUGCUGAAAAACAAGUUCCGCUCCAAGAAGUACUUUGCCAAGCACCCCCGGCUGGGCUACUUACCGGUCCAGACGUUUCUAGAAGGAGACAAUAUGGAGACGUAGGUACCUGGGAGGAAGGGGGUCGUUGUGUUGCCUGGGUGAGCCCUCUGUCAACACUAAUUUCCUCUCCCUGUCUGUAGACUGUUAUACCCCCUGGAAGACUCAGGCCAUAUAUCUCCUGUGUUGCACAGAGCUGCUGCUCUGCUCUAGAGUGAGCACAUCUCGAUUUUUCACCAGUCGCCUGCUCGGACACACAUAAAUCCUCAGUAAUGGUGUUUAACUAGCGUUACAGAUUAUGCAGAUGCUAGUGGAGGGUGGUGAGUGCCCCCCUCUUGAGGUGUGAGUUAUGUCCCCUUCUAUGAUCUGAACCUUCUCUGUCUCUAUAUACUAACAGCUCCCUAGAACAUGUCUCCCUCUCUCUCCACAUCUCAAUAUCUCACCAUCUGCUUUUUGCUAUAUCUUCUGUCUCAGUAUCUUUCCAAGUUUGUGCAUCCCUCCUCUCUUUCUCCCUCCCUCUCUAUUUAUUUAUUCUUGUGUUUCUCUCUCUGUUUCUCUCUCUCGCUCUCUCUCUCUGUUUCUCGCUCUCUCUCUCUCUCUCCCCUUCUACUUCUACUUGAGUUGCACAAGUUAAUAUUAAAAACAAACUGUGAAUCCAACCUUACCCCAAAGAAGAUACACACACACACAAACACACACACAGUUCAGAUGUCCACUCCUCAGAUAGACUGGCCCACUUCAUUCCUCUCCUCUCUCCGUUCUGCUUUCCUCCCGCUAUCCCUGCAGCAGUGUCUCCCUGACAGAUCCCUUUUAAAAGGUGGGAAAUGGUAGAGAGAUUCCUUAAAAAGCUUCUAUGAAAUGGAGACUUGGAGAAAUAUGACUAUUCCAUGACAUUCAUUUUCCACUUUUCUUCUCCCGCCUGACUUCUCUACCAUCCACAAACUGCUGGAAGUCUGGUACAAUACAGGCAGUUUUACAGCAGAAACUUAUUGCACUGAGUCUGCAAUUCUUACUUUUAAGCCCACACAAUGACACACACAUGCACACACACACACAUACAUACACACACAAACAUACACACACACAGAAACACACUGACAUUCAGUGUGUGGAGAUAGUGAAUCAGGCCAUCUCUGAGAGAGGAAGGGAGGGAGAAAAAAAGCCACACCUGUUAUAUUCAGCGCAUGUGACAAAUAUAAUUUGAUUUGAUCUCUCACUCUCUCAUGCCCCCUCUCUCUUCUUCCUUAAUUACACGCCAAAUACGAUUUCUGAUUAGACACAGAGACACGUGUUAAUGUGAAAGACGUGUCUGAGCCUCCUAGCUUGGUGUGUUAUGUGCUGUUCAUCUCCGUAUUUGGAAGAGUUCAGGAUAAUACUGUAUACUGCUUUAACUCUAGCAGGGAGACUGAUGAGUUUAGGUGUUGUGUGGGUUGGAGUUCUUAAAACACAUUAACUCAGACUUCCUCUUUCACUCUCUCUUUCUCUCUCCAUCUUUAUCUCAUUGUUUUGAUUUGAUUUAGGUGGAGUCAAUAACACAGCACAGAUAUAGACACAUUCUGAAGAGACAUUCGCACACACACUUCUGUCAAACUGAGUGGAAAGCCCUAGCGGAGGAUGUGGUAGCGAGCGAGGGCUAAUGAUAUUCCCCUCCGAACAUAUGGCGAUGUUUCCCUGUUCCCAGCACCACCUCUGUCUGUCUGUCUGUCUCUGACAGGAGGCAUGAAAAGGUGUCAGAGUGCACAGGUGUUCUUAAGCCCCCUGAUAGAGGAGUGGAGGGGAGGAAAGAGUGUCAGGGCGGCUUGUCCUUCAAGACUAUUGAGGUGCACUGGCAUAGAAGUGUGUACAGGAAAAAGGUACAAUAUACUGUAUGACACAAUACAACAUCCUGUAAACCAUACUGAUGAGGGCAGCGUUUUACUCAACACAACUCGGUACCACGUAGGCUCGUUGUUGUUUCCGCUCCAGCAACAUCUCUCUAUUGGAUCACAAUUGGCAUCACAAUAUAUUCUGCACUCUGCACACACUGUUAGAGCCGAUUUGGACAUAUUUGUAUAAAAGACCGAACAUAUGGAGCUCCAUGUAUAUUUGUGUAAAUAUAUUAAAUAUUAAUGUAAAUGAUGAAAUAUUAGGUACGUACCUUUAUGAUUUAUAUUUACCUGAUUGAGAUAUAUUCAUUUGUUGUUAGUGUAACUCCGCCAUUUGGCCCCCCCUCUUGCCUGUUCAUUGUAUUUUGGUAAGUGUGUUAGGAUAAAGGCAGGAAUUUGGGCCUUCGGGAGAGGAGAGUCCUUGCAAGAUGCGACAGGUCAUAAUAUGUAUUUUCCAUAUAAAGUAUUCUAUGCUUUAAGUUGAUUGAAGAAUCAUUUAUUUGUUAGAUAUAAGAAGAAUAAACAUUUUUGUUGCACCACA